GCCACAAAUACAUGCUGCAAUAAAUAUAAUCUGCUAAAUUGUGGUUUCUAGUCAGUACUGCCAAGAAUCUGGAAACUCAGUCUUGUAUUACAUACACUCUUUAAAAUGACUCACAGCACGACCCACUGCAGACCAAACAUAGUCCAGUACGGUAUCCCUCUCUCACCCCACUGACUAAAAACAUUUUGUACCACUUUGCGUGAGGGCAAGUUAGUACAAGAAAGGCUUACGCUUCCUUUUUCACCCAAUUGGGAUACAGAACGAUAUUAUUCUGAAUAGUGAUUGCCUCCAGUACGUUAUGUAGUUUAGCACAUUUUUAAUUGUGUACUUUCUGCUUUCGGGAAUCUGUGCAAACACUUGUGGAACUGCCGGCACAGUAACGAGGUUUCACUGUACUAUUGUGCAUGGAAAAUUUCUUUUCUACUUUAUUUCAGCUAAAAGAAAUUGUUUUAGGGGAAUCACGUUGUGUGUGAAAUGGUAUAGAACUACCUUCACCAGCUCCAUAUGAAUGAUGCGGUCAAUUCCUGUCUCCCUCAGGGAAUAUGUGCCAAAAUCUGGUGAGUCUGCACGGCAUUCUACAGCAAGGCACAGUUCUCUGUCCUUGAGCUGCUGCAAGAGCAGUUGCAACUCACUGCUACACACCUAUAAAGUAUAAGCAAUGGCGUCACCAGCGGCACCUUUAUCACACUGUACAGGAAUUACGUACCUCAGUGACAGCAGGAAACAUGUAGAGCCUCUGGAACUUGAGGCACUGUGUGUUCUUUACUGUCUGGACACCAAGGAAGUUGAGAAGCCUCAGUGUCUGCGUUGGGCUGCUUCCAGAAAACAGUAUGGCGCUACACAGCAAGAUGUUCCUCAGUGGCCUCCUGUGGUGUGUUGGCUGGUUAGACUGUGUUGUCAUGUGUCACUUGGGACAGAUGAUGGUGGCCUUUACCAUUGUCCCAAUGCAGAAGAGUUGCACACUGGAGUUGCACAAGAGUUACGCAGUGUCUGGGGUCAGGCACUGCGGGCGCUGUUGGAGAAGCUCCUUGAGGCACGAUUCGACACAAUACACUUGGUGUCCUGUGCAGUGCCCACUUGCGGCUCCUCCAGUACACUGACAGAGCUGAAAAUUUGCCAUAUGUUGAAGUUCAGCCACUUAAAGGAAUUGUAAUAUUGCACAUGUACAGCAACCAGAAGUUAAGAAAUAACUCACCAAUUGCCUUAGUUGCACCGCUCAGGACGAUAGGACUCAUCAUUGGGAUCCAUACUGUUCACAAAGAAAAACAAGAGCACACGGUACAUGUACACCUGAACAUGAAGCAGAACAUCAUGCUCAUUUCAUUGCAUGCAAUUCAUUAGGCACAGUGGGAAAGACACUGGGCAACACAGCUUUGAAGAGCACUUCAUGGGCGAUGUUGUCUGUUCCAUAACUAGAGCCAGGAUUCCAUUGAGCCUUCUGAACAUAUAAGCCUGAAUUAGGUAAUGGGAAACCAGUUGCGUUGGUGUGAUUGUGCCCAUAAAUACCUAUUACUGCAUUAGCACCUACUUUGACACAACAACAAUCAAAAGUAUGGGGUAUCUUCAUUGAAUAGUGCCUUAAAUAACACUCCAGUUCCUCCGUAGUUUCACAUAUAUUUGCCUUUCUGCAGUACAGUGUUGGCAGGUUAUUGUGCUUGUCAGCAGGAUUUGUUGCACAGUGUUAUCCCUAUCAUUAUUUUGGUUUGACUGUGAUUUCACCUUUAACAUAUGCCGCACAUCAAAUUGAUGCUUGAUGUGGGGACACAAGACUCUCGUCAUGGCUUUGAUGCCUGUGUGCUGAUCCCUGGCAAGCAUGUCUACCACCAUGUCGUUCGCCUCGAGAAAUGCUAGACGCCUUUGUAGCCUAUGCUUCUCCAUUGCGUUGCUGCUAGUCACCUCUGUUCCCUAGUAGUUAGAAAGAAAUCCCGUGAACACCUGAAAAUCUGUGAGGUAUUAAAGCAGGGCUGGUUGCAAUAUGGGUCGGUCUUCAGUCUGCUGCCUUAUACAUGCAUGUGACAUAAUGUGAACGCCUGAUUGUGUUUGCACGUUUGCUGAUGCUUAAAUUUUCUAAGGUCAGAGAGAAUCAAUAAAAGUUUAACAGAAUUUCAAAAAGUUCCCCUGGGAAUUUGCUACCGCUGAUGGCCCCAUAAAGCAUUGAAAUGUGCUUGGCAUAGCACAUAAAGAUGUGUACAAUGCGAUUGGCACUGUCCUCCAGAACAUAUAUGUGCCAUAUAGAGCUGUGUGACCUGGAGAAUCACACCUCCCAUCACCGGCAAGUCUCAAAGGCAAUCGGCACAGCUGCCCAACAGUUGAUUCUGCUUCGUCUCAUAUACCUGUAAAUGAACAGUGCCUGUGUUUAUAUAUGAUUUAUGUACCGCACAUGAUUUUGCACUCUGUCUUUGCACGUGUAGUAAGACAUAUUACACAAGAGUACUGACUAAUGUCAUUUGUAAGUCACACAGUCAGCUUAUCCUAAAAACCAGAGAUACCCACAUUGUUUACUGUAGGAAGCAAAUAGCAUUGCUGCAUCCUGUAGUAUUGAGGCCUCUUAAGUGCUGGGACUCCCAUAAUUUUCAGCAUACAGAGGGCUUUGGCAAUUUUUGUCCCAGAGAAAAGUAUACCACAUCACAACAAAACAUUCCCAAGUAUCCUGUUUCCCACUCACGGCUGGCUGUACCACAGGCUUCCUUCUUGUCAAGCGCAAGUCAUCUUCACUCUUACACAGGUGCCCUUAAGAGAGUACCUGCUUUACGUCAUCCCUCUAGCACGACGGACACACUGACAGCAGCUUUCUUAAACAGCAGAUUUCUGAGAAGUGGGAGCUGUCUGAUUGCAUGCUCCAGAAAAAACCCCACCUUCAAAGUAUUAACUUGAAUAUUUCCUCCACGCCUGGGGGCAUAUGUUAUUUCCCAUGCUGAGAGAGAGCGACAAGGAAUUUAGUUAUGUAGUGCCCACCAACGGCAAAAGCCUAAGCGAAGGUGCACUAUCAAUAUAAGUAACAAACGAUACAAAACAGAAGAAGGCAGAUAAACACUAACAUUAAAUUACGUGAAAAUAUUUCUAACACGGGAAGCAAAAGAUGAAAAGUCUGUAAAUAUAUCUGGACUUUCAAAUUUCAAGUGAUUGUGCAUGCACUUAAGACAAACAACGGGGGAGGUACAACCAAAUAAGUCACAUGACGAUGCAGAACAGAAUAACAGGAGUCUCUUUGGUCUAAGUGGAACAUAUAUAUCAAUCGUAGAUUGAGAAGUUACCCAUCAAAAAGAACUUGUUACAAGUUAAGUUACCGUGUGCAAAAUGUAACUAAGUUAAUAACGAAGUUCUUCAGCCUGAAAUGUAACUCGCAGUUACUGAGUUAUUUAAAAAAUGAACGAGUUACUUCCAAGUUACUUCGGACACAAAAUAACAUUACGCAGGUGCAGCGCGCGUGAGCAGUUGAGUUAAGCCUUGGGUUGCAAGUGGGUUGUGCGUUGUGGGUUGCAAGUGCGUGUUGCACUCCCAACCUUGGGUUGGGAGUGCAACACGCUUAGAUCGUUUCCGUGUAUGUCCAACAAUAGACCUCUCCCUGUUUGUAAACAAAUGACAUCAUAGUGUUCGACAGCGCCAAAAUCUGGUACAAUUGAACUACACUCGAAGCUAGAGGUGAACAAGGUCGCGCUCGAAAGCCACGGUCUUGAGAGGAUUACGACAUGGUCCCUUAAAGUGACGCGACCAUCGGUCCUACUUUUCUUCCAAUGGGAGACAGCUUUCGUGGAACCCAGCCCUCCCCUUCCAACUUGUUUCGGUUUAAGUCUGUCUACCAAUGUCAUGAUGACGUUUCUCUGGUAGAGGUAUAUUCGAACGCUUUGCAUCUUACUCCCUGUGGGCGCACAAUGGAUCAGCUUCAUUUCAAUGGCAACGGUUCUUACUUCCUGAAUAAAAUAUGGUCAUUUAUUGGACAUCACGUUUUAUCGCAAAAAAUGACAUGAAGGAACCGGAGAGAAACCAAGAAAAUAUGUGGAUGUGAGUGAAAAGUAACUUGGAACUUAACUUAAAUUACUUUGGCAAAGUUACCUGAAAAAGGAACUAGUUCCUCUGAAAGUUACCAUAGCGCAAAAGUAGGGAGUUAAGUUACAAGUUACCAAAAAAGGAACAUAAUUACAGUAACGAGUUACUUGUAACUCUGAUAUCAAUGGCACGUAAGAAACACGGUGUAUCAACGACACUAUGCAUAAGCUUGUAAAGAAAUGUUAUGUCAUGACGAUGACUGCGUGCCCUUAUGGCCACCAUACACAUCUUCGAUAAAAGAUGAUGGUAAUCGUAGUACCACGCCCUGUCUAAAAAUCUAUCAUAAAUAAUAUAGACAAAUUUCCUCUGGAUACUUUCCAAGUAGUCUGAUUCGGGUUCUGAACUACAGAGAACAAGGCUGUAAGCCAAGCAGAUCAAAGAUUGAGUUCCUUAGAAGCUCCAAGAAAUAUGCCAUAUAAACCCCAACAUCCUCAUGCAGAAGCCAUAAAUGCAUGAAAUGUAAUGAUCAAGCUUUGAAGUGCUUUCGAGUAUCACAUCAAGAUGAUGUGCAACACUUACUCGUUCAGUCUGCACACUCUCUAACCACAGCAACUUUGAAGGUUUCCUGGUAAGGGGCAGAGUGUUUGUUUUAACAGUACGUAAUAUAUAUGUAUAUAUACAUUUCAUUUUUAAUAAUUCGGCAUUUAGCUUACACCAUUCGGUAACCGCAUCAAUAUCGAUUUGAGCACAAUCAAUAUUAGAAGAUAUUGACAGGAAAAUUUGUAUGUCAUCUGCAAACAGUAAAAUAUCACAAUGCUACAUUACGUUAGCGACAUUGUUGACAAAGAUGAGAAAUAGAUGAGGGCCCAAGUUGCUUCCUUGAGGUACUCCAAAUAUACAGACAAUCGAGGUAAGCAGGUCCCCAUCCACUCUAACCUCAGUUUUGUCAUUAGGGUAACUUUUUAGCCAAACACAAUAAUUAUUGUACAAGCAAUACUGACUACUUCUCAGAACAAGCACGUCAGGCACCACACAGUGAAACGCCCAGCUGAAGUCAAAAUAGACAGUGUCUACUUGUUGCCGAUUACGGACAAGUGGUGCUGUGUAGUGCAGAAAUGUACUCAAGUUCGUUUCCAUACAUCUACCUUUCAUAAUGCCAUAUUGUUCUGCACAAAUUUUGUUGCAUAAGAAGUAAUAGAAACGAGCAUAGAAAGCAAAGAAACCUGUCAAUAAUUAUUAACAGAACUUGGAUCACCAGACUUAAAAUCAAGAAUAAGAUCAGCUAAUUUCCUGUUACUUGGAGACACGGCCAUCUGCAAAGACAAGUUAAAAAUAUAAGUGAGAGCAAAGAACAGGCACCCAGGAUAGCUUUUGAGAAUAAAGUUAGAAAUACUGUCAAUACCAGGGGCUGCCUUAGACUCGACACUUUGAAUGGUGGAAAGAACCUUAUGAUUGCUAACGGGAGCAAAUGGAAGACAGUCAUUACUCUGUAUUGCAGUGUCACAUGCCGAGUCAAAAGGUAGCAGAAAAAUAACACUAACUAAACUGGUCUGCAAAUAUGUUGCUCACUAUAGCAGGGCCAGUAGCGAGGCGAGAAUUGUCCAAAACUGUGAGGCUAUAAGGAUGGUCGUCCUGUGUAUAUUGAUUAAAGGGGCAAUAAACAGGUAUGCAAGGCACACUUUUUUCUAAUGCAGUGUGAUUCUUUUCCUACAGUGAUGUUUAGCAAAAAUUUUUGCCGCAAAAUGUAAAUAAUAGGUCCAAACCGACCAAAUAUGCACUGCACUCUUUUGCGCUCAUGCCCUGUCCUACGAUGCCCUGUCGACAAUAGCCACACGUCAUUUUGACGUCGCGCACCAUCAACCAUCCAAAAUACGGGACACAUACACAUUGAUUUUGUUGUAAUAUCGGGAAGCGAGGUCAAUUCUAAACAUAUUUACACUUGUCAAUCCCAAGGUAGCCGGAUCAAAAGGUAUCAAAAGCACACAAUAUUACAUUUCAUGUGCGCACUAUGUUUUCAGCACUGUAUUGCUCCGCGAGGUCACAGCGAUGUUCCCACAACCGGUUCUCCCCGCACGCCGCUGCUUGUGUCAACGAGGCUCAUCAUUGGCUAUGAGUCCGAAAUCUCCACCAUCUCCACUGACUGGAAUGCAGCUUUGCUCCACGUGCGAGACGUGUGACGUAGGUGCUCUCCGAGUAGGAAGGAGAGACUCACGCGGAUUAUGUUCUUUGAAAGGCAUUGUUUCAUGUGGAAGUAUGCAAGAAAAUCUGGAAGAGGCUGUUGGACAGCUUUCAAAGAACACUGGUUGCAACAAAGAAGGCGGCAGCCAGUGGGGCUGGCCUGGACGACGUGCUUGAGGAAGAGGAGAGCAGUGGGGCACCCAAGUGGAAGUUUUACCAUGCUCUCGUCUUCCUCAAUGAUGAUGUUACACCAAGGAGGACUGUUUCCAACUGGCCCCCAGAGCCAACAGAAGACACUCUUGAACCUAGCACUCAAGGACCUGGGGCACAGGCCAGUAUAGCCCAGGAGGUGCUGGACGAGCAUGACUACUUUUCUGCUGGGGCAUCAAGGGAGGAGAGCCAGGGACCGUCCAUAUCUCAAGGACCUUAUGUCACAGCUGAUUUUUUAGGAAGAUUUGUUGCAGAUAAAAAGAAACGCUGUAUAUUUUUGGAUGAAGCAAACUUGAUUUGUUCAGGAUCACCGCAGCUCAUAGCCAGUAUUCUGUACGUUUGAUAACUAACUUUAAUUAACUAACUUUAAUUAGUGACUUGAGAGCCAAUACGACAAUGGACAAGUCAUACAGUAAUUUGAGAGAUUAUCAAAUAAGAUGUCCUCAAUACAGUGCUCUUUGGAUGCCCGUUUCACACUUUUUUUUAAGUCGCUAACAAUGAGGUACUUAAUUAGCAUAAAUUUUUAAGCAUGCAUCUGUUAAUAUUACUUGUUCUCCAAUGUCAUACUUAAAGGGACUAUGAAAUUUCCCGAACCCCCAUACUUUUUUUCGAUGGAAACUGUUCUUCCCGCAGAGAAACUAAUAUGCCACAAAUUUUUCCGGACGAAAUCGCUCCACUCUGCGAGGAGCGCGCGCUGGAAAUGUCUCUUCCGCGUUCCUCCUCUCCCGCGCAUAUUUCCCUGCCGAUGGUGUAACUGUACGGACCGCACUUCGGUUCUCCGUUACGUCACCGGUGUUGCACAAUGGCAAGUAAUGCCGCCACUGCCGAAAUCUGCCGAUCGCGCGAAAGCUGCUGUCAUGGAGAUUUCCACUCCCGAUUAACGCAUACGCGGGAUCCUACGGCGCAUGCUCCUGGCGGGAUUCCUCGGCUCGGCAACACGUCACGAUGACGUGUUGCUGAGCCGGCCGUGGUCACGUCAAGUUACCCGUUGUGUCUCUGCUCGGCAGCUCGUCACGGUGCGGCGCCAGCUGUCCUCCCUUCGCCGCUCCGUUUAAAUUCGCUCCCGAGAAAUCCGCUCGCGCGACGAAAGUAAAAUUUUGGUUCUAGACUCAGAAAAAUGUCUUCUUUCGAACGAAAGGAAGAAAAAAAUUGUUUCAUAGUCCCUUUAAGCAUUUUAGCAUGUACCUUUAGGAUUUGUAUGCUACAAGUAAUUUGUGUCCUCACAUUUUGUUUAUAUGUGUUGUCACCCACUCGAAGCAUCAAGCUACAAGUUCCUGCAAAAACUUGCAAUUUUUUUACUUUCUGUCCAUUUUCCGCACUGCAUCAGCACACAUCUGUGCUAAGGGGGAAAUAAAUUGUUCACCUGUGU